ACGCCCCCGUGCACCCCCCGUUUGCGGAGCAGCACCCCUACGAGACGUGGGACCCCCAGACGAUGCCGGCUGACCUGGGCUUCGGGUUGAAGAUGGUGGACGGCGUGGUGCACGUCUACACCAAGCAGGACCUCACCGACAAGAGCACGGAGCUGGACCUGCCGUACCCCGACCUGCAGGAGUUCAUUGCCGACAUGAAUUUCCUCAUGGCUUUGAUCAUCAACGGGCCCAUCAAAUCCUUCUGCUACCGCCGGCUGCAGUACCUGAGCUCCAAGUUCCAGAUGCACGUGCUGCUCAACGAGAUGAAGGAGCUGGCGGCCCAGAAGAAGGUGCCCCACCGCGACUUCUACAAUAUCCGCAAGGUGGACACCCACAUCCACGCCUCGUCCUGCAUGAACCAGAAGCAUCUCCUGCGCUUCAUCAAGCGGGCCAUGAAGAAGCACCUGGAUGAAAUUGUCCACGUGGAGAAGGGCAAGGAGCAGACGCUCAAGGAGGUCUUCGAGACGAUGAACCUCACCGCCUACGACCUGAGCGUGGACACGCUGGAUGUCCACGCGGACCGCAACACCUUCCACCGCUUCGACAAGUUCAACGCCAAGUACAACCCCAUCGGCGAGUCCAUCCUGCGGGAGAUCUUCAUCAAGACGGACAACCGCGUCUCGGGGAAGUACUUUGCCCACAUCAUCAAAGAGGUGAUGUCCGACCUGGAGGAGAGCAAGUACCAGAACGCCGAGCUGCGGCUCUCCAUCUACGGCCGCUCCCGGGACGAGUGGGACAAGCUGGCCCACCGCGUCCCCUCACACAACGUCCGCUGGCUCGUGCAGGUGCCCCGGCUCUUCGACGUCUACCGGACGAAGAAGCAGUUGGCCAACUUCCAGGAGAUGCUGGAGAACAUCUUCCUGCCCCUCUACGAGGCCACCAUCCACCCUGCCCAACACCCGGAGCUGCACCUCUUCCUGGAGCACGUGGACGGCUUCGACAGCGUGGAUGAUGAAUCCAAACCAGAGCAUCACAUCUUCAACCUGGACAGCCCCUUGCCGGGCAACUGGGUGGAGGAGGACAACCCCCCCUACUCCUACUACCUGUACUACAUGUACGCCAACAUGACGGUGCUCAACCACCUCCGACGGAAGAGGGGCUUCCACACCUUCGUGCUGCGCCCGCACUGCGGCGAGGCCGGCCCCAUCCAUCACCUCGUCUCGGGCUUCAUGGUCUCGGAGAACAUCUCCCACGGCUUGCUGCUGCGCAAG